AUGCAAUUCAAGUCUCUUCUUCCUUCCCUUCUCUUGAUCAGCUACGGAUCUCUGGCAGCCGCCGACUCGUUCUACGCAUACACCUGCGAUAGCUGCGGCUGCAACGCCUUCCAGGGCUUGGGAGCCAGCAUCGAAGGAACUUGCACCAACCUCGAGAGCGGUGCCGCUUCUUUCGGUGUUAGUGCUGGCAAGGAAAGCGGUACCUACUGCACCUUGUUCACUGGAAAGGACUGCAGCGGGUCGUCGCAGAACGUUGGUCAUCACAAGGGCCAAACCUGGGGUUGCACCAACUCGAAGAUUGGAUGGGCGAACUCGGUUCUCUGUUUCGCUUGA